UCUGCUGCGCAUGCGCAUGCACAGACAGGGGCUGCCACACAAACUGCCGCUGACUCGCAGGACGCUCACUUUUCACUGGGGGGGCGGAAGAGAAGAUUGUUUUUGGAGGUGUCCGAAAUAAUAAGAGGAGCUUUUAUCCACUACAGGGAGCGACAGAGGUUGCAGUGACAGUGCGUAUAAAGAAAGAAAAGGAUCUGGCAAACUGGGGGAAUUGAUCUACUCCGUGGUUCCUCGGACUGCGGGAUUUCGGAGUUCGUAUCGCUACUUUUCGUCCUUCCAGAAAAAUGGCCGCAACGACGUUCGAGAUGGACGGAAGUGUAAUGGAGGGGGGGGGGCAGAUCCUGAGACUGUCCGCUGCGCUGAGUUGCGUCCACGGCUCCCCUAUCAAAAUAAACAAAAUCCGUGCAGGGAGAAGUACGCCGGGAUUAAGGCCCCAGCAUCUGUCGGGUUUGGAGCUUGUGAGGGACAUGACUGACGGGAAUCUGGAGGGCGCCGUGGUGGGAUCCACAGAGAUCACGUUAACCCCCGGCAAAAUUAAGGGUGGGAGUCACGUUGCAGACACCCAGACAGCGGGGAGCGUCGCACUGCUGCUGCAGGUGUCGCUGCCCUGCGCCCUGUUUGCUGGCGGGCCCUCAGAGCUCUGCCUGAAGGGUGGCACCAACGCGGAGAUGGCCCCUCAGAUCGACUACACCGUGAAGGUGUUCAAGCCCAUCGUGGAGAAAUUCGGGGUCUAUUUUGAUUGUGAUGUAAAAAUGAGGGGAUAUUACCCCAAGGGGGGUGGUGAGGUGGUGGUUAAGGUCAACCCUGUGAAGGAGCUGAGUCCUGUCAACAUGACAGAGAGGGGCAACAUCACCAAGAUCUACGGCAGGGCUUUUGUCGCUGGGGUUCUUCCUUUCAAGCUUGCCAAAGACAUGUCAACGGCAGCAGUGAGAACCAUCCGGAAGGAGAUCAAAGACCUGUACAUCAAUAUCCAGGCUCUUCAGGAGAAGGAUAAGGCCUGCGGUAAUGGCAACGGCAUCAUAAUCAUCGCAGAGUCCUCCACUGGCUGUAUAUUUGCUGGCUCUUCACUGGGUAAAAAAGGGGUCUAUGCUGACAAGGUGGGUGUGGAAGCCGCGGAGAUGUUGCUGAGAAAUAUCCGGCACACCGGCUGCGUGGACGAGUUCCUUCAAGACCAGCUCAUCAUCUACAUGGCGCUAGCCAAGGGCACGUCCAGGAUCCGGACUGGCCCAGUCACCCUGCACACGCAGACCGCCAUCCACGUCGCUGAGCAGCUCACUACGGCCAAGUUUUCUGUGACCAAGGCGGAGGACGAGAGCUCCAGCAGUGAGACGUAUAUCAUCGAGUGCCACGGGAUGGGAGCCUCCAACCCCAGCCUCUGAGGCGGGCGGGGGUCUGACUCACGCCUUUGCCUUCGCUUCCAGCCGCCAUACGCCUCAUGCCAGCCUGUGGCCAGGAAGACUGUAGCAGAUAAACUACUGUGCGCUGUUUUCGGUUUUUUUUUUUUUUUUUUGGGUUGCGGUUUUACGGACGGAACUUUUUCCCCAUAAAGUGAAUUUUGAUUAAACCCCUUAAAGCUAUACCCCCCCUCCCCCGCCCUGCCCCAUGUCCUUGUAUUUUCUUGGCUUCUGUUACUCAGGGUAUUGCCUUACACUGUAAUAAAUCCAUUCUUUGAUUUUUUUUUUUCCUUCCUCUCUGUCCCUGAAUGAGGGAUGUAACUGACUGAAAGGUGAUUGUUAUAUAAAUUCUCAACGUUUUUGAAGCUAAAUUGUUUUUGCCACAAGAAUGCGACGUUGCAACAAAGCACAGUACUUUACUGUCAAGUGGGAUUGGUUUUCAUUAACCUGGUGACCAUUUACUGUUUCUUAAGCAGAGUAGGUCGUCCUGAUUCGAUUAAUUCGAUGAAGUUUCUCUGUGCUUGUCUCCGGCUGGAUAACUUAUGCUGUUUAUUUAAGGUUUUUGUUCGAUGUCCCUGUAAUUGGUCUCUCCCAAAUCACUGUGGUGUUAAAGGGCAUGAUCCACACAGGGCAGAAUGCAUGCAGGUUUUUUUUUUUGUUUGAAAUGGUCCAAUUCCUUAGGAAGGAGAAAUCCAUUUCAUUGGUUUAUUGCCGUUAAUUAUUUGCAUAAUUUCUCGAGCUGGCCAAUGGGUGCAGGUGUGAUUUAGUGUGAGGUUUCACUGGUUCUGCUCAUAACUGAAGCAAUGUGGGGUCUUAUCUCAAGGUUAUUUCACUGCAGAUGAAGUACUCGUAUUAAACCAUUUAGUUAAGGGCCCCCAGCUUGCACCAUGAGGGGUGGGGUGAGGCUUUUACCUCAUGUAACAGGUUGUAUACCUGAGUUUUAUUUAUAUGGUACUCAUGCUGUUCCUCCUCGCAGGUCUUCUUGAGUGCCGAGGUCUGGCUGAUGGAUCAUCGCCGGUCUCGGCUACAUAACUAAUGUGGCUUCCCACGGUGGAGCCCCUAGGUUCCUGCAGAGCCCGCUUCAGGAUGUCGAAACCCCCUGGCCUUGCAUAAUCUGCCUUGGCAUUGCGUGGUUUUUCUUUUAGCCCCCAUUACAAUCUCCAGGCUUUGGCCUUGCUAGCAGCCCUUGUUAAGUAUCGGCUAGGUAGGCCUGUGCUGGCUCUGUGUGCUAUUAGGAGACAGAUGGUGUAGGUUAGGCCUGAGUCAUUGUUCCUUUUGUUGUGCGGGGGCAGGAAGAUCUUGGGUUCCGUUGUGUUUUUGUCUCAGCUGCGGGAGGUGGGCGAGAUGGAUGCCCUUCACUGGGGUCAGGGGUUUAUACGAGCCUGAAUCUGAGGGGGUGGGGGUUACAUCCAGCUGACGGGAGGCCCUUGCUUGGCCCUGUGCUUUGAUUCAGGGCCUGUCCUGCACAUCUGUUCCUCCAGGUGACCCAGACAGGGUUCAUCUCCUGUGUUCUCUUUCAGAUCUGUGCAAAGCCCAAGGAUGUCUGUAAAGUCUAGAAUAUAGGAUAAACACUUUGGAAAUAUUGUAAAGUCUAGAAUAUAGGAUCUGCUCUUGGAAAUACUUUUUCUUUUGAUUUGUAAGUUUCCAUACAGAUUUGGUUUACAUUAAAAUGGUGAUGCAUUACUGGGAA